CGAGGUCUGGCUUCAAAGGACGUAGCUCGUGCCGGAGCCGCGGCGGCGGAGAGCUCACGCUAAGGGUCGCCUACCACAGAGACGGCAAAGUAAACUGGGAGAAAUUUGCGAGCCUCAAGAAUGAUGGAUCCCUGUUCAGUUGGAGUCCAACUUCGUACCACAAAUGAGUGCCAUAAAACCUACUACACUCGUCAUACGGGCUUCAAGACCUUGCAAGAAUUGUCAUCAAAUGAUAUGCUUUUACUUCAGCUUAGAACUGGAAUGACACUUUCGGGGAACAAUACGAUCUGUUUCCAUCAUGCGAAAGUUUACAUUGACAGAUUUGAGGAUCUGCAGAAGUCAUGUUGUGACCCAUUUAAUAUACACAAAAAACUAGCCAAAAAGAAUUUGCAUGUGAUUGACUUAGAUGAUGCCACCUUCCUGAGUGCAAAAUUUGGAAGGCAGCUGGUACCUGGUUGGAAGCUUUGUCCAAAAUGUACGCAGAUCAUCAAUGGCAGCGUGGAUAUUGAUUCUGAAGACCGCCAGAGGCGAAAACCUGAUUCAGAUGGAAGAACUGCUAAAGCUUUGAGGUCGUUACAGUUUACAAACCCAGGAAAGCAAACAGAAUUUGCUCCAGAAACCGGUAAAAGGGAAAAAAGAAGGCUUACCAAAAAUGCAUCAGCUGGUUCAGACAGACAAGUGAUACCAGUGAAGAGCAAGGUCUACGAUAGCCAGGGCCUCCUGAUUUUCAGCAAGAUGGACCUCUGCGACUGCCUGGAUGAAGACUGCUUAGGAUGCUUCUACGCCUGCCCAGCCUGUGGUUCUACCAAAUGCGGAGCUGAAUGCCGCUGUGACCGCAAGUGGCUGUAUGAGCAAAUUGAAAUCGAAGGAGGAGAGAUAAUUCACAAUAAGCAUGCAGGAUAAUUGGUGGUAUCACACUAUAAGGGCCUUUGAAGAUCCUUUCUCGUAUUUUACAAUUCUGUAAUUCUAAAGCUGUAGUGUCAUUUUAAACUUGAUUGCCAAGUAACAGAUUUGAAAAGCUCAAGGUGGACAAAUGCUGCAUUUGGGAGGUUUUCAGAUACAUUAUUCGAUUUAUAUUUAGAUGGACACCCGCUAUAUGUAAAUAAGUAUGGAUAGGCAGUUCUCAGUCUGUACAGUUCCCAUACACAGACAUUAUGGUUACCCUAUAACGCAGUUUGAAUUUCAUUUACUGUGAUAGACCUGAGUAAUUGUAGAAGGUAGAAACUUCCCUACUCGUCAGUCCCCAGCUGACUAAAAAUAUAAGAUACAUAACAUGAACUUUCAAAAUCUGUUGAUGAUUGGUCACUGCACAUCUACUAUCAGUUCACACAUAGCAAAGCCUGGAAUUGUGCUGCCUCUUUGUCUCUCAUGGCAUUUUGCAAAUCUUGAUCAUCGAGAGAGAAUUAGCCAACAGAGAAGGAACACUGAACGGUGGUGACAUUUGAAUCAAACAUACGCAGAGUUGUAAUGGGAAUGUUGACACUAGCUCUUCUACGAGAUUCUAAAACCAGCCUCCAGAUAUGCAGCCCAAGUAGCUUUAUGAAGAGAAAUUUUUAACAGAUUAGAAAAAAGUUGUGAUGAAAAGGAUGAAUAUGCCUCAGAAAUAAUGCUGGGGUGGCGGUGGGUGGACAACUUUAUGGGAAAGGAACUCUUGGGGCUAUUAGUACAGAGCAUCAAAUAUUGGAAGCCAAGCCAAACUUAGAGGUUGACUAAUGGAUGUCAAAAGUUAUUCAUGAAAAAGAGAAAGGCACACAUACUACUCGAUUCGUUUUUUACAAUGAGUCCCAUACCUUAAUUCUCAAGGUUUCUAGUGUUAGAAAUCACAGUAUAUUAAAUUAUCUUAUUGGUUUUUUUGUGUGUUUUUUUAAAUUUUUACAUAAUCAACAAUAAGAAUUUUUGAUAGUUUGGCAAAAAUAUAGAAAACUCAUGGAGCUAUCAUGAUUUAGCCUGUUGAUUAUUAAUACCGUGACCUGUGAUAUAGUCCCACACUACUGCACUAAACCAGCAUUUCCUGGAGCCGAGAGUGGUGCCUGAUUUGGGGAAAUGGGACUUUGAUACAAAGUUGUAGUUAGUUCUGUGUUAAACUAUAAGUACAUAUCAAAAUGUUAGUGAAUUAAAUUUUGUUCCUACUUUUUAAAUAAAAAUAAAUAUGUUAAUAUAAAUAAUUCGUUAUGUAUAAGACAGGCAUCGCAUUCUUGGUAGUUUGUUGGGUGCAAAAAAAGUAUUCUUUUUAUAAAGUAUAACUAUAUAAACUACUUAAGAAAACAUGGAUGUGGUAUUACAUUUUUAUGGGAAGAGCAACCAACUAGUAGAAAAUUGUUUUAAAAUGCUCUUAAAGGAAGUGAUAAUGGAAACAAUGUAGAGAAACCUGAUGAAGACAUGAUGUACUUAUAUUUUGGCAGUUGAAUUCUGAUGUUGCCGAUAGAAUGUGUGUUUGGAGAAUGAAGGUGGCACUGGUAUUUUUCCCCUGCCCUUUUUCUAAGAUCUGUCAUUCUACCAAAAAAAUGUCUGUCACCUUGGGCAUUGCCACUAAAUUUGGUGUUUGUUCUGUUUUCCUUUUCCUGAAUACAGUAUUUCCAAUUUAAUCAAUUGAGCUUGGGGCAAUUUGAAAUAUUUUGUAGCUGUUGAAACAUUAAACUUACACAGCCAGUUGAAUUGA